CCCCGCCACCCGCUGCCCCAGGACCUGCGCCUGCUACGUCCCCACCGAGCUCCACUGCACCUUCCGCAGCCUCAGGGCCGUGCCCCACGUGCUGGACCCCAAGAUGGAGCGCGUGAACCUGGGGUUCAACCACAUCCGGGUCCUGACGUACGCUUCCUUCUCCGGUCUCGCGAGACUUCAGCUGCUGCUGCUGCACGGAAACGAGAUCGCGGACAUCACCGAGGGCGCCCUGAGCGACCUGGGUGCACUGCAGGUGCUGAAGCUGAGCUACAACCAGCUUCGGGCACUGCGCACAGGCUCCCUACGGGGCCUGCGGCGCCUGUCCCGGCUGUACCUGGACCACAACCGGCUGGAGUCGGUGCACCCGUGGGCGCUGCUGGGGCUGGCGUCGCUGCGGCUGCUGCGUCUGGACGGGAACCAGCUGGCGGUGCUGGCGCCUGAGGCGCUGGCCACGCUGCGCGUGCGCGGGGUCCCAGCCUGCACGGUGCGCGUGCUGCACCUGGCCGGGAACCGGCUAGCCGCGCUGCCCGCCGGCACCCUGGCCCGCGCACCCGCACUGCGCGCGCUGCACCUACAGGGUAACCCCUGGGCCUGCGGCUGCCAUGCAGGCUGGAUGGAGGACCUGGAGGGGCGGGGCCGAGGCGUGCUGCGCUGUGGGAAGGAACAGGCGUGCGCGGCCUGCGCCAGCCCUGCCGACCGCCGCGGCCUGGACCUGCGUCGCCUGCCGCCACGCAUGCGCUGUCGCCCGCCGCGCAUCCUCACUGGCCCGGCGGACGGUGAGGAGCCGCCAGAAGCAGAAAUGGAGGCAGAGGAAGAGGAAGUGGAGGACGGGGAGGAGGUGGGCGAGGUGCGGCUGAGGCUGACAGAUGCCCGUGGCCGCACCGCCGGCCUUGCCUGCCGCCUGUGGCACGCGCCCAGCGUGCGCGACCUCGACGUGCGGCCCGGCCCUGCCCCCGAUUUCCCUGUGGGCGUGCGUCUGACCUUCAGCGCCGCCCUCGUCUGCUAUGCCGACCCCGCCCACCUCGCACAGGCCCGCCACCUGCUGGGAGGCGAUGACGACACUGAUGAUGUUGUGCUGACGCUGCGUUGGGACCCGGAGGCACCGGGCCACGCCCAUCCGGAUAGGGACCCGGGAGAUGGAUCCGGGGAAGGCCACGCCCAACCCUCGGGCGGAGACCCUGAUGGGGAGGAGCUGUAUCAGGACAGGGACCCGGAUGUAGGCCACGCCCACCGGCAGGGCGGAAACCCGGAUGUUGUCCAUAUGUAUCAGGCCACAGACUCGGAUGUAGGCCAUGCCCACCAUCGAACCAGCAACCCUGAUAUAGGCCACGUCCACCAGCGAGCCAGAGACCCUGAUGUAGGCCCUGCCCACGCUCAGGACAGAGACCCGGUUGUAGGCCACACCCAUCUACAGGACAAAUACCCGAAUGUAGGCUAUAUGUAUCAAGCCCGAGACCCGGAUGUAGGCCCCUCCCACCAGCAGGACAGACACCCGGAUGUAGGCCCCGCCUACAAGCAUGCCAGACACCCAGAUGUAGGCCAUGAGUAUGAUCAGGACAUAGGCCCCACCCACCCUCAGGACAGAGACCCGGAUGUCAAUGACCCGGAUGAGGGCCCCGCCCACCCUGAGGACAGAGACCAGGAUGUAGGCCCCGAGUAUGACCAGGAUGGAGGCCACGCCCACCCUGAGGACAGAGACCCUGAUGUCAAUGACCCAAAUGAAGGCCCCGCCCACUCUGAGGACAGAGACCCGGAUGUAGGCCCCAGGUAUGACCAGGAUGGAGGCCACGCCCACCCUGAGGCCAGUUUCCCGGAUGUCCAUGACCCGGAUGUGGGCAAGGCCUACCGCCUGGUGCGCGGCCCUGGCGCAUCGUCAUCGUCGCCAACGUCACUUCCGGGCGUGGUGGCCCGGCUGUGGGCACGGCCUGCCUGGCUGCUGCAGCCCGAGCUGAUGCUGCGCUGGGCCGGGCUGAGCGGGCCACACGUGCGUCUGACGUGGACGGCGUGCGUGCGUGGCCCCGAGGACCCGGAGGACGCGCCCUGGGUGACCCUCGACCCCCGUGAUGACCCUGAUGACGUGCACGUGGUGACCCCGGGGCAGACGCUGCGGCUGCGCUGUGCGGCGCAGGGUUCGGAAACACCACGCGUGGCCUGGACGCGGCCCGACGGCUCCAUCCUGCGGGGCGAUGAGGACGGUGGCCAUGACGGGGGGACAACACUGGAGAUCCACGGGAUGCGCCAGGCCGACGCUGGCUGGUACCGCUGUGAGGCCCGCGUGGGGCGCCGCGGGGAAACCAAGGCAUGGCGUGUGGCCUACGGCGGGGACGCAGCCACGGGGUCCGGGGCCUACACGGAAGAGGAAGCCAUGGAAUCCGAGGCCUAUGGUGUGGAUGAAGCCACAGGAUCCAAGACCUACGCUGUGAAUGAAGCCAUAGGAUCUGAGGCCUACACUGAGGAGAAAGCCAAAGGAUCCAGUGCCUAUGGCUCAGAUGAAGCCAUGAGAUCCGAGGCCUACACUGAGGAAAAAGCCACGAAAUCUGAGACCUAUGGUGAAGAAAAAGCCUACGCUGUGAAUGAAGCCAUAGAAUCCGAGGCCUAUGGUGCAAAUAAAGCCAUAGAAUCCGAGGCCUUCACUGAGGAAAAAGCCAUAGGAUCUGAGGCCUACACUGAGAAGAAAGCCACAAGCCCUGCAGCCUACACCGUGUCUGAAGCCACAGGUCCCACAGCCUUUGACACCUCUGAAGCCACAGGCCCCGCGGCCUACACCAGCUUUGAAGCCACAGCCCCCGCGGCCUACACCCCGUCUGCAGCCCCGGGCCCUGCGGCCUAUGGCGGCUUUGAGGCCGCCGUGGCGGGCCGGGCGCACCGCGUGUUCGUAGUGGCAUCGCGGGCGCCAGCAGCCACGGCUCUGGCGCUGCCUGCCGGCGUCGCGCUGCGGCUGGGCUGCCGAGCGGAGCCGGCGGCGCGCGUGGGCUGGCUGUUGCCGGGCGGGCACUGGGCCUGGGCGGGGAUGGAGCUGGGGACGGAUGGCGUCGGGGUCGGGGCGGACGGGACGCUAACGCUGCCCACGCUGGGCCCAAGGCAUGCCGGGCGCUAUGUGUGCGUGGCUGCCAACGCGCUGGGGCUGGCGCGCUGGGACGCCGACGUCAGCGUGGGCGGGGCGGCGGGGGACAAGAUGGCGGAAGCCAAGAUGGAAGGCAACAAGAUGGCGGAAAGCAAGAUGGAGGGAAUUAAGAUGGUGGAUUCCAAGAUGGUGGACACCAAGAUGGCGGAAUCCAAAAUGGAGGGAAGCAAGAUGGCCGAAAACAUGGCAGAAUCUAACAUGCCCGACCCCUACAUGGCGGAUUCCAAGAUGGCCAAAAACAAGAUGGAGGGAACCAAGAUGGCGGAAUCCAAGAUGGAAGGAAACAAAAUGGCGGAAGCCAAGAUUGCAGAAUCCAAGAUGGAGGGAACUAAGAUGGCGGAAGCCAAGAUGGACGAAACGAAGAUGGCAGAUGCCAAGAUGGCAGAAUCAAACAUGGAGAGAAGCAAGAUGGAGGGAACCAAGAUGGCCAAAAACAUGGUGGAAUCCAACAUGGCCGACACCAACAUGGCAGAUUCCAAGAUGGUGGACACCAAGAUGGCGGAAUCCAAAAUGGAGGGAAACAAGAUCAGGGAAAGCAACAUGGCGGAAUCCAAGAUGGAAGGAAUCAAGAUGGCGGAAAACAAGAUGGAAGGAAUAAAGAUGGCCGAAAACAAGGUGGUGGAAUCAAAGAUGGAGGGAACCAACAUGGCGGAAUCCCAGAUGGAGGAAUCCAAGAUGGAGGGAAUUAAGAUGGCGGAUUCCAAGAUGGUGAAGGCCAAGAUGGCGGAUUCAAAAAUGGCGGAUUCCAAGAUGGCGGGCGCUGCUGCGGAAGCGGCCGCAGGGGCGUCGCGUGGCGCUGACGUCAUUGUUGACGUGCCUAGCUCGGGCCUGGGCACCGGGGAAGCGCGGCUGUGGCGUCGGCGUCCUGCGGGCGGCCCGGGGCGCGGGCAGCAGCGGCGUCCGCCGCCUCCGCCUCCCCCUCCCGCCCCGCGCGCCGCCCCCGCCGGCCGCAGUUUCGAGCCCGCCUUGCCGGGCCGCCCGCGCCCGCCAGUGGCUGCGGAGCACAUCCAGCCCGAGCACUGGGCGCGAAUCCUGGCGCGCGUGCGCGGCCGCGGCACGGGCAACUUCCGGGCCCCGCCCGCCCUGCUUCAGGUCUCCACGGAGACCACGCUUCCGGCGUCCACACUUCCGAUCUACACUUCCGGUCUCCACAAGGAGAUCCCCACUUCCGGUCUCCAUUCGGACUACCCCACUUCCUGUCUCCCCACUUCCGGUUUCCACUCGGAAAUCCACACUUCCGGCCUCCACUACUUCGGCCUACCCACUUCGGUUUUCGACUGA